AUAUGUAUUUACUGCGGCUGUGUCGAGCUGUUGUCAAGGUAAACAACCAUUAGUUAGCAAGUUGUGUUGUCUGACAGACUAACAAAAUGAGUGUAAGAACAUAUAAUCCGUCUGUAAGAGUGGGAAACUGGAAUGAAGAUAUUCAACUUGAAGAGGACACACUGAAAGAGUUUCUACAGAAGAGAGAAUCUGGUGAACUGCUUUAUCAGAAGAGAACUAAAUUAGAACAGACUAUAUUUAAAACCAUUAAUUUAAGUAUCUCAAGAGAUGGUUUUGUCCACUUUGGUGACAAAGUCAGCAUCAGAUGCCCCGGGGCCUUGGAUAAAACACAGUACUUUGCACACAUUGAGCCCAGAAACGAUUGCCAGUUAGCUGUUGUACCACAGAUCAACAAGAUAUUGUACUCAAACAAAUUUGAGGCACCAUGCAAUGUCACAGGAAGCAGGGACUGCGCUUCGAAUCUAAGAAGCACUUUUGUUAUUAAAAGUAAGGACGGAACAAGAGAUGGUGAGCCUUUGAGAUAUGGGCAGGUUUUCUAUUUGUCAACCAUGGAUAAUGAAGGGGGGAAUCUGUUGCUGCAAAGCGACCGACUUACUCUUCACAAAUCUCCAAACAAGUCCCGUCACCAGGAAGUGUGCCUUGUAUCAGAGCCCUCCUCUCUCACAGAAUGGAAGAUCCUGCACUUCAAGCCCAAACUGCGAUUUGAGUACGAGGGCGUCCCAGUACCGGCCAACGACAAAGUGAUCAUCAAUCACGUAGUAACAAACCAAGACCUGUGUGUGGAAGAGGACAUUGCCAUACGCACAUCGUUCGGCACUUGCGAGUAUGAGAUCACUGCCUGCACAAAGCUGGACUCGCAUCGUGCCGAGAAGGAGCAAAACCAUUGGAUGAUUGUCAUGGGCAUGCCUGGGGAUGACAUCUACCCCAUAUUGGAGGCUUCAAGAGAGACCACUGCUGGAACAUCGAGUUCAUAAUUAUUGCACUUGAAAAAGACUAACUUAAUAUGAAUAACUUAAUAAGAAUUAUGAUAUUUUUAUGUGCAAGGAAUGUUCAAGGUGUGAUUUGUAAGCUAUAUUCUAAAAAAAACAACUCACACUAUUUCUUCUCAAUUAAAGUGUCUCUAAGUGUAUCACAUUUUUUAGUUUUAUUUAAAGGUAGACAUUUUGAUAGUUUUCAAAUUGCAAGUUGGUAAAUUGUGAUUAUAAAUACAAGUAAUACAUAUUUAUUGAUAUUGGUACAUGUUAUUUUAACCUUUCUACUGUGACAACUUCUUCCUGGUUCCAUAAUUAAUUCAUAUCUAUCCUACAAAAAUAAGUUCAAGAAAACUAUCAAGUUUUGUUUAGUUCUCUUAGAAAACGAGAUUUUCACUUUUUGGACUUUUGCUUAUUAGUCUAAUCAUUUUAGCAUAAACAUGUUUAAUCAACCGAAAUUAAUAGAUCUUCUACGUGUUUUAUUACAUGGCAUCAUGCUAUUUUGUGUAAAGUAUUGACAUGGCUGUUAAGAAACAAGACUGUGAUAUUUGUGUGCAAGAUUGUUGAAUGAAACCGCUUUCAUUUCAUAGGCGAUUUAUUUAUGCCAUCAAAAUGUAUAUAUUACGUUUUAAUCAAUUAAAAUAUCAUAUAAGGUUGUAAACAAAUAUUUACUCUUAAUAUAAAGAUGUGUACACACGAAUUUUAUAUAUGUUGCAUUUGUAGGUAUUAACUAAGUUAUUGAAUGUACAGUAGAAUAGCAAAUUAAAAUCAAUCUUCCUCAAUUAAAUUGUAUCAUUUCAAAUCGCACAUGCCGUGGUAUAAUAUAGUUCACAUAGAUAUAUCCCAUAUACUUACUGCUACCAAAAUACAGCAUUAUUUCAGUAUAUAAAAGUAUUUGUACUGCCCAAAUUGAAUGUUGUAGACAAACCGUUAUUGGUAUUGUACGUUUACGUUUUGUAUAAUCUUGGUAAUUAUACAUGUGUAACAGUAUUGAGAGUAAUUUUAUUUUUAUGAUAUGCCAGCAUAAUUGAAUAAACAUAUUGUUUCUAACAUACUA